GAGGAGCCAAGUAGCAACCAAGGUGGAUUUAGCAUGGCCUCGCCCUACCGGGGAGUCCGGAAGCGGAAAUGGGGCAAAUGGGUGUCGGAGAUUCACGAGCCAGGGAAGAAAACCCGAAUUUGGCUAGGAAGUUUCGAGACUGCGGAAAUGGCGGCUGCGGCGUACGACGUGGCGGCAUUGCACCUUAAAGGUCCCAAAGUGCAAUUGAAUUUUCCCCAACUUAGGGACAGUUUUCCUCGACCUGCAAGCUCGAGUGCUAAGGAUAUACGUCUGGCGGCACAAGAGGCUGCUUCGGGUUUCAAGAGGCCCACUAAAGAGCUUGAGCCAGGUAGCUCUAGCUCUAAUCCAAGUCUAGUAAGGAUAGAACUCUCUCCGAGUCAAAUUCAAGCCAUUAAUGACUCACCUUUCGACUCACCCAAAAUGUGGAUGGAGUUGACUGAUGCCCUUAUGGUAGAAGAACAUAUCAUAUUUUCUAAUGAUAUUGAGAUAAGUGAUGAGGAAGAAAUACCUGAUGAUUCCCUAUGGGAUUCUUAG